AUGGCCGACGCCUCGCUUCUUCUCUCCGCGAUCGCUCUUGCGGUGGCGCUGCUCGCCGUCGCCUCCUCUGCCCAGGGCCCGGGCCCCGCCCCCGUCAAGCCUCCGACAGCAGCGGCUCCCUUCGCGCCCCUGCCCGUCUCCCCUAUCGUCCUGCCGCCGUCCCUUCCUCCCGCAUCGGGAGCCUCGCCUCCCCUCGCCGUGUCUCCCUCUCUGCCGCCGCCGUUCCUUCCGCCUUCCGCCUCGCCGCCGCUCCUCCCCCCGGCUUCCUCGCCCCGCGCCAAGUCCCCCUCCGUCUCGCCCGUCGCCUCUCCUUCCGCUCCGCCGUCUUCCGUUCCUUCCGCCGCCCCGUCCUUCCCUGUCUCAACACAUCCGUCUGCAGCGCCGGCCCAGCCGCCGUCCCCGGGCAAUGGCGCCUCUGCCAGCGCGAUGAGCUGGAUCGCCGUCGCCAGCGCCGCGAUCGCCGCCGUCGCGCUCUAG